AUGGCAGGCGACUACUCUACAGCACCCGCCAAGGGUGACAGAAAGCGAUCAAGCGACGCCUCAGAUACCCUCGCCACUGCUAAGCGCAUCAAGAAAGGCGAAUCCAGCGAUGACCAGGCCAUCGAAAGCAACCCUUACUUGGCGCAUCUAAAGCAAGAAACGGGCGGAAACUCGGGCGAAAUGCCCUCCAAUUCCCUACUUCACAAAUUCAACCGCCGAGAGACGACCGCUAGGCAGGCAGCCGAGGCCGAGGAUGGCAAUGACAACCCCUUCACCGGCGAGCCUCACUCGCAACAGUACUUCAAGAUUCUCAAAGGCCGGAGAGAUCUUCCAGUUCACAAGCAGAGGCAAGAGUUCCUUAAUGCCUACCAUAGCACGCAAAUUCUGGUUUUUGUCGGUGAGACGGGUUCCGGAAAGACGACACAAAUCCCCCAAUACGUUGUAUACGACGAGUUACCACAGCUCAACAGGAAGCUGAUUGCAUGUACACAACCUCGUCGAGUCGCUGCCAUGUCGGUUGCCCAGCGUGUCGCCGACGAAAUGGAUGUCGAAUUGGGGCAAGAGGUCGGUUACAGCAUCAGAUUUGAAGACAGGACCGGCCCUCGCACGAUGCUCAAGUACAUGACUGAUGGUAUGUUGCUGCGAGAGGCCAUGCAUGACCACAUGAUGUCUCGCUACAGCUGUAUUAUUCUGGAUGAGGCCCACGAGCGUACCCUGGCGACGGAUAUUUUGAUGGCUCUGCUCAAGCAGCUAGCUAAACGCCGCCCGGACCUCAAGAUUAUUGUCAUGUCUGCAACCCUCGAUGCACAAAAAUUCCAGAAAUAUUUCUAUGACGCACCGCUCCUGGCUGUGCCUGGUCGAACCCAUCCAGUAGAAAUUUUCUACACCCCCGAAGCUGAGAAGGAUUACGUUGAGGCUGCCAUCAGGACCGUUCUUCAGAUCCACGCAUCUGAGCCAGAGGGCGAUAUCCUUCUUUUCCUCACCGGUGAAGAAGAAAUCGAGGAUACUUGCCGUAAGCUGUCGCUUGAGGCGGAUGAAAUGGUCCGGGAAGCUGAUUGUGGCCCCAUGGCUGUCUAUCCUCUUUACGGUACGCUGCCGCCCCAUCAACAGCAGAAGAUCUUCUCAGCUGCACCUCAGCCUCUGAAGAAGGGCGGCCGUCCUGGUAGAAAGGUCAUUGUUUCAACAAACAUUGCCGAGACCAGUUUGACCAUUGACGGCAUCGUCUACGUCGUGGAUCCGGGAUUCAGCAAGCAAAAGAUCUACAACCCUCGCAUCCGGGUCGAAUCUUUACUUGUUUCUGCCAUUUCCAAGGCUUCGGCUCAGCAGCGUGCUGGUCGUGCUGGUCGUACAAAGCCUGGAAAGUGCUUCAGACUGUACACAGAGGAGGCUUUCAAGAAGGAGCUUAUUGAGCAGACAUAUCCCGAGAUCCUUCGAUCCAACCUUGCCAAUACUGUCCUAGAGUUGAAGAAGCUAGGCGUGGAGGAUCUUGUGCACUUUGAUCUUAUGGACCCCCCGGCCCCCGAGACCAUGAUGCGCGCCCUGGAAGAGCUCAACUAUCUGGCUUGUCUUGACGAUGAGGGUGAGCUCACCCCUCUGGGUAGUCUGGCCUCCGAGUUUCCCCUGGAUCCAACUUUGGCAGUAAUGCUCAUUUCCAGUCCCGAAUUCUACUGCUCAAACGAGAUGCUUUCAAUCACUGCACUCUUGUCGGUGCCCAACUUAUUCGUCCGCCCAGCCAACAAGAGACGGGAAGCCGACCAGAUGAAGGAUCUUUUCAAGCACCCCGAAGGAGACCACCUCACCAUGCUCAACGUCUACCAUGCUUUCAAGGGAGAGCAGAACAAGGGGGAAGAUACGAAGCAGUGGUGUCACAGACACUAUCUCUCGCACCGACACCUCACGAGUGCAGAUAGCGUUCGAGCUCAACUGAAGCGAAUCAUGGAGACGCAAGGUCUAGAGCUAAUCAGCACUGACUUCAACGAUAAGAAUUAUUACACCAACAUCCGCCGCGCCCUGGUGGCUGGAUUCUUCAUGCAGGUCGCAAAGAAGGAGUCGAGCGGCAAGAUUUACCGCACCAUGAAGGACAAUAACCAAGCUGUCAUGAUUCACCCUAGCAGUGUCCUACAGACAGAUUACGAAUGGGUUCUUUACAAUGAGUUUGUUCUCACCACAAAGCAAUAUGUGCGGACCGUGACUGGUAUCCGACCCGAAUGGCUCCUGGAAAUCGCUCCGGUUUACUACGACGUUGAUCAUUGGGAUGGUCAGAAGGACGUCAAGCUGGCCCUCAAGUCGGUCCAGGACAAGAUGCGACGUCGUGCAGCCAUGAAAGCUGGCCGAUAA